CUUUCAGUACUACGUCGGAUCGUAAGCGAAACGCUCGCUCGUGCAGAUUCUUCGCUUUUCGCGGUAUGUAGAAAAAGAUAGAUGCUACAGGUGCCUUUCCUGACUCGGCAUAUUAUAUGACAGUGAUUACGUCUGCGCCGACACUCUGCCUCCGUGAGCCAAGUCUGAUAAGGAAACUGAUCAAUUAAUAACAAAGUGACUAUUGUAACUACGAAGCAAGUUAUGUUAUAACUAGAAGAUCCAGCGUGGGUGAUGGUGUCUACACAGAAAUGGUGGUCCUUGGCACUCCUAUUCAUCGUUGUAAAUCAGGGAAGGGGACAAGCAACUGAUGUGGACGUGAGGCUAUCGGCACCAAGUUGGGUGGCGAGAGGAGGGUCAGCAACACUACGAUGUCUACAUCAAGUUCCACCCCAGUUGUUGUAUAAAGUGGAGUUCCUAAGUUCUGGAUCAAAGCUCCUUCAAUAUGUCCGCGAGCGGGUACCGCCGUACACAAACUACACCUUUCACGGUGGAAAACUGAACAUGUCUCUUGUGACGGAAAACUCUAUUACUAUAGACAAUUUAGAUCCGACUGCCUCUGGUUUGUACUGGUGUGAAGUUUCCCUUGAGACACCAAUAUUCACUGCUGCCUCACCGCCACAUCAACUUACUGUCGUAUAUUCCCAGAAGCAUCCUCCGAUAAUAACAUUCGGGAAGCCAGAUGUCGUAGUUGGAGGCUUACUUCGAGCAAACUGCACCAGUGCUCCAGCUGCACCUCCACCUCGUUUAACAUGGUACAUAGAUAAUGAAAAGGUUCCUGAAGAAUCAAUACGAUAUUUCUCAUACCGAGUAUCCAGUUCUACGAGAAACAAAGGUGGCAGUGGUUAUCGACAUAGGAAACAUCAGCACAGAUAUAUCGCCCCAGAGUUUAAUUACACUGCAAAAUAUUGGGCUUUAGUUAGCGAAACUACAACGCAUGCUCCCGCUAAUAUGACUAAACAAAGCAAGUGUACGUUAAAAGAUGGACACAAUGAAGAUGCUGCGAAAAUUCGUGAAAGGCCAAGAGAGUUAGCGCCUCCACCUAUAUCUUUAUGGGUAUCCAUUGCUGAACUAAGAACACCAGCUCAUGGUCGUCUUCAAUUGACUUGCACUUCUACAAUACCUGAUGAAGUGGGUCCUGGGGAACGUUUUGCCGACGUGAAAAAACAGACUGUUACAGUUGCCGUAAACGAGCUGAGUUUGAAAAGACCACGUUCAGAGACAUCUUAUGCUAACGCGACUUCAACACGACUUCACCAAUUUCAGCCAAUUCUUCUUAUAAGUUGCGGAAUUCUUCUCUACGAGCUUCAACCUCAAUACUAAACUGGAUUAAGCUUUCAAUAUUUAUGACAUAGUCAUUUAUCCCUAAUCUUUCAAGUAUUUUCGUCUCACUUUCAAGGUUCAAGGUUGUACUUAUUUUCUACUAUCUAAUUUACAUAAAGCACCCAAAGUCUUAAUAUUUUCGACGUACUUUCACUUUUACUAUUUCAAUGUAUGAAUGCGAUAUCUAUGAAAGAUAUUUUUUAAAAUUUAAUUGUUAUCAUAUUAGAGUGUUAUUAAUUAUAAUUAAAGUUUUUUAUUAUGUUAGAGUCGUUUUAAAACAUCGAUUCCCAUUGAUUUAAAUCUAUCUUUAUGUCAAUUAAUACAUCCUUACAGCUUCUUCAACAGGGUCAAUUUAUCAAUUAUGAUAUGUCAUUUCUGUUCUCGAGAGUAAAUAUUAAUUUUGUUUUUGUAUUAUAAACCUAUUUUCGUAAAAAAAUAUCAAAUAUGUCUUGUAUCCCUUUAUUCGUAAAACCGUUAAGUUUUAUAUAUUUUAAUUAUAGGAAUGGUUACAUAAUAAAACAAUAUUUUUAAUAUACUUUAUUAAAUUAAAACAAUUGAGUCUAUUAGCCGUUGAAUAACAUUGGGUGAGAGUUCAAAAUAUACCGAUUAUUAUUUACACAAAUUAAUAAUAAUAUCUUUGUCUGUUUGUUAUUGUUUCUAGUUGAAUCAUUUUUGAUGUUAAUGAAAAUAAUAUUUACAAUUUCUCGUCACAUAAGCUAUUAAACAUUAUUGAACGUUGCUGAUAAUAUGGCUUGAUAAUAACCCGUGUAUUCCCAAUAGCUUAGAGAAUGAAACAUAGUGACGGUAACCUGUUAAGAGCUUUAAAUGUUGUCCUAAAAGUUGUCUAUUUAACCUACUCUAUCCAAAGAUACUUAAAAAUUAACAAACACAAUCAAAGAAUUCUCAUAAUAACUUGAUAUCGUUUUUUUAAAUAAUGCUAUUGCAAACAUACAAUACAAUGCUCUUGGUUUGUUAUUGCUUUCAUAUUGAAAGGUUUCUGAUUCAUGUAAAUCUUAUUGAAACUUUCGUUUCAAUGGGAUGAAAUAAAACAUUUACAGAAUAAAACCGUACAUAAAACAAAGAUUCUUUUGUAAGCUAUUUACAAUACUUAUACAUGGAACAGAAAUCGUUUGGUUCAUAAUCUGUGUAUCUCAUGUUACUGUAGUUAUUUUACCAAAGCUUACUAAUAAUAUUUUCUACGGUAUCUUGAGCUUAAAAGUGCCAGAUACUAAAUACAUAUGCCUUAAUCCUACUCCCUAUAUAUAUUUUUAAUAAAAUUGUGUCAUCUUUAUUGGUCAUUGGGCCCGCUUAUUUUAUUUCCGUGCUGUAGUGUUUAUGUGACAGCGUGUAAAAUUACGAGUAUAACCAGAAAAUAUUUUCGAUAUGAAUAGUGUAACGCUGAAAACAUAAUUAAGUAGUUAUAAUUGCCAAUAGAAUAUUGACCUAUGUCAAUAAUCUGAUUGGUGUUACAUGUCUUCCUACAGCUCUUUACACUGACUUGUAGAGAAAUUAUUUUUUAAGCUAAGCAAUGUGAUAAGUCAAAUGUAAGAGCGAUAUGUGUAUAUUUUAAAAUUAUGAAAUCUAUAUUAUUAUAGAAUAUCUUAAGUAUUAAAAGCAAAAAGAACCUGGGAUAUUUAUUUAUUAUUUAAAGCCCUCUAUAUUUGUUUUUAUUAAAUAAUAUUUAAUACAAUAUCUACAUAUAAUAAAUCCGCAUCAAAUAUGAACACGACUGUUUGUUGAAAAACAAAAAAGAAUUAUAAAGCCCAAAUGUGUUUUUAUAACAUUGAUUUCAAUUUGAACUCGUUUGACGCCUUGUUGAUUUGGAUGUCGAUAGGUUUACAUGUCAAAGUUACGAGAAUAUUGGUAGCUGAUAUUGAAUUUUUCAUUCACAUUGAGGAAUUUUAAGAAUACCGCUUACAGUCACACACAGGCGAAGUUUUAAAAAUAUUUUUUGUUCUUAACCGCAAAUAUUUCAUGGUGUGGAUACUAUAAAAAUAUUAUAAUAUUAUUGAGUUAUGUAUUGUUUACUUUUAGCUAUACUUAGUAUAUUUAAAACUAUCAGUAAACCUUAGGUCCCAGAAGUCAUAGAAAUAAAUUGCGAUAUCUUAAGAUAAUAUGGUAAAUUAAAAAACAUUAACAUCCCCGGGCUUUCGAAUAAAUAGAUAUAUGUUUUUUGUUGUACAAUGUGGUGAAAUAAAUAUAUUAAAAGCAUAA